AGGAUUUGGGCUUCUCUGAUUCAAAGGUUUAUUAUUAACAAAACCCUCGGUUGCUCAAACCCCACAAAAUGGUUUCAAGUGAACAGUCACACCACUAGUUGGAGAAAGGCACACAUGUGAUAAAGGAGAAUGAAACAGCUCACUGACGUGUUGAUACACAGCUGAUAAGGAAAUCAAAAAACCAACUUCAAAAAAUAAACCAGUUCAGUUUCAGUCGAAGCCAGAAGCAGCAUCUGGUCUCUUUUCUCUCCCAGCAUCAAGAUGUGUGCAACAAUGCUGAAGAUAUUUCCAAUUCUAGCCAUCCUUGCAGGCCAUACCAGUGGGGUCGUGGUGACAGUCCCUGAGAAGACAGUGAAUGUCACAACAGGUGGAAACGCAACCCUCCUCUGCACAUACACCAGUUCUGGAUCCCUGGGAAACUUCUUUAUUCAGUGGAGUUUUUACAGUGCCAAAGAGAGCCAGCUGCACACCCACUCCCCAUGUCAUGGUAUUCUGAGUAUGGAUGAAAAGUCAGUCAGUCUUUGUCAAAAGACGGUGUAUGUGACAGAUGCACGGGGAAGAUGUAGCUGGAGAUACAAGAUCUAUUAUUAUUCAGGAGGCCAGUCUUACUCUUAUGGAGCAUUUAAGAACAGGAUAACAGCUUCAACAAGUCCAGGGAAUGCAUCAAUAACAAUCUCCAACAUGCAGCCCUCAGACACUGGUUCCUACACCUGUGAAGUGUUCAGCCCUCAGGGUGAUGCUGGACAGAGCCAAAAAUCUGUGAUUGUCAAUGUGCUGGUCAAACCAUCAAAACCUUUCUGCAAAGUAGAAGGAACUCCUGAAAAAGGCCAUCUGAUCUACCUCCUAUGCAACUGUGAAGAGGGGUUGCCUCGCCCCACCUACCGCUGGUACAAGGUCGAUGAGAACACCCUCAAACCUGUGACAGAACAACUUGAUCCAAACUCUGGCAUCCUUUACAUUGGCAACCUCACCACCUUUGAAACUGGCUACUACAGGUGCAUAGCCAGCAACCUCCUGGGGAACAGCACCUGUGAGCUUGACCUAACAGCAAAACAUUCAGACGGUGGUAUUGUUGCUGGAGCACUGAUUGGAGCAAUUCUGGCAGCUGCUAUAAUCUGCAUUAUUGUCUGGGUCCUAACCAAGAAGGCAAAAAAUAGGAAGUCACCAAAUAAUGAGAUGCAAGAAAUGGUGCAGAAACAAUCCAAUGCAGACUAUGCUCAGGUACCUAAUGAAGAAAACAUUCCUGUGACCACAGUUCCAUCGAGCAAUGCAACAAAUGAAUACCCAAGUGUUGAUGAAACAGCAGCUCCUGCAACACCUGCAAAUGACGAGAAGCAAGAAGCAGGAAAAGAAGAAGUAGCCUAGAGUUUAUAAUAGAGUUUUCUUUGUCACUUUUGGACCCCUUUAUACAAAAAUUGUUGUCAUUGAAUUAAUAUAAAAGCAUGACUAAAACUUGUAUUCAAGGCAUUUGUAUUGUGACCCACUGGGGUGGAUCAAAAAGGGUCUGCUACACAGGCACUUUGUGAAUAGCAGAAGAUUUGGCCUUUAAAGUGAAUCAAAUUUCUUUUAUUAUCUAGUUAUACUGUACAAAAAUUUAAGUAUAAAAAGAGUAUCAUCUACAUCAACCUAUUUUGCAAAACUAAUUAGGAAAUGGGCUGAAGCAUUUGUCAAAGUAAGAGCUUUCCAGUCAAACACCAGUAAUGGUAUGUCCACACAGUUCAGAACCACAGCAGCCUUGUCCAGAAACAGUGUUAGCCAAGCUCCUUCAUGUGCACCAAGUAAUCAUGGCCAGUACAUUGCAGUGUUUCAAGGAACUGAUUUUGCACAUCAGAAGUAAAAAGAAGUUACAUUAAUGUCAUCAGAAUGCUGAAACCUCUGCUAACAUCUUAACAGAUGUUAAGACCUUAGUCAAGGAAAUCUUGUGUGUCUGAAUUCCACCUAAGCUAAAAAAAACCCAGAAAUCCUGGAAAAUGUUACCCCAUUGCUGCCUGACAUGGAAAACAUUCUGUUAACAGUGACCUCCUUGGCCUAAAGCUCCCAAGGGUGCCAGCGUUCCAGAGUUGUCUGUUUCAGCAAUUCUGGUUUUCAGUUUAAUGGAACUGGCAUUUGGGUACCCAGUUCAGACACAAAUGACUGUUGUACACCACAGCAGCUGGAGAUCUAAAUCCUUUGCAAGGCUUGUUCCAACAGGCACGCACAGCAUCACACUCCUCAUGAAACACAGAUACAGCGGCUUUCAAAACUUAGGAGUGAUACUGCCUUCUAUACAGCACAUGAGCUUUGAUUGCUUCCUCUGUCUGAGAUGAUUUAAAUCUCUUUCCAGGCUAGUCCUACCCACUAAGCAACAAACUCACGCUACUUUUCUUCUGGUCUCUUACCCAAUGUAACAACCUGUCCUCUAUAGAUGAAAGCAUCAAGAGGGAGGGUAAGUGGUGCAAAGCACACCAGCAGUGACACUGAGAGCCAGCAGUCCAGCCGUGAGUGCCCUCUUGGAAGAAGAAAAGGGAGUUGGGUCACUAGACAAUCCUUCUCCCUGGGCCUCAUUUCUAAGGUUACACAAACUUAGUUUUUCAUAAAGGCAAAGAUAGUACUUCCAGAAAAGCUCAAGGACCAUGGGGCUUAGGCAACUGCAGACCCACAGCCUUGCUGAUACAGGCAGACACUGGUUUCAGUCUCACGCACUGCAGCAAAACAUAUCUGGCUCAGGGACCUCGAGUUUUUUGGCACUUAAGUCUUUCAUAGGAUCUAAUAUUCAUAAAUCCUUCAGUGACUGUUCCUAGGCUAUAAACAUUAGUUAUAUGCAACAUUUAUCUUUAAGAUUUCUGGGCUAAAAUUUUCAGCUUCAGUUCCUACAGCUCUAAGUAUGUUUUUCAAAAUAGUGAGCUAAAAAAAAA